AAACUGUAAAACCCCUCCUCUCUCCUCAACAACAACUCUUCUCUUCUUCGCCGUCUUCCUCUCGUUCACUUUCUCAUCCAACACAAACCACCGCCAGCCGCCGCUGUCGCCACCGGGAAGCCCUACAUUUUCCGUCAAAACUGGCCAAAAUAUCACUCUCCUACAGUGUUAAUGCAUUUGAUGUCUCUAGGAGUGUCAGUGGAGCAAGAAAGAAAUGAAUGCUUUUAAAGCUUACAAAGCUUGCGUUCCAAUUGAAUGGAGCCGUAACCUAUAUAUAACGCUUGUGAGGGGGAUGCCUGGCACAAGGAGGCUUCACCGGCGCACCAUAGAGGCAUUACGCCUUGGCAAAUGCAACCGUACUGUUAUGCGGUGGAACACUCCUACUGUCAGGGGAAUGCUUCAACAGGUAAAAAGGUUGGUUGUAAUUGAGACAGAAGAGAUGUACAAGGCUCGCAAAGAGAAGUUGGCCAAUCACCAAGCUAUACGUCCCCCUGUGGUCAUUAGUCAUGUCCCAAGUUCUGCGACUAAAUCUACUUAGCAACCUUUGAAAUUUUUCACAGGCUUGCUCUUCCACCUCUUGUUUUUGAAGGAAUUCUGUUUCUGUUCAAAUUUCUGCUUCAUAGUACUUUCAUAAACUUUGCUAAAGGCUAUUUUAGAUGCAAGCUCUUUACGAAUAACUAGUAGUGUAUUUGACUGUUUCUAAGAUCAAUAUCUUGUAAUGCAAUUCUCAAUAGUUUAAAAUAUGUUUAUAUGUUGUUUGUAUUAGUGAUUUCACACUCUGUUCUGUGUUGAUCAUUCUUUGUUCUUAUUGGCAAAUCCCAAAAUAAGAGAAUGGGCAGCUACAACUGACAUUUAGGCAUCAUGACUCGUGUUGUAGAGAUCAAUUGAAUUGAACUCCCACUUGCCGAAA